UAUGGAGCAAGCAGUUGGAGAGAUGAUUGCAUGGCCUCAAAAUUUUGUGGUUCCCUUUAGCAGCGGAUGUGAACCAGAAGACAUUACGCCUCUGUCCUAAUACUAGCUCUCGGAACUUCUGCAAGCUGCUUGACUGGGCUAGAACUAACGAGGAAGUUGUUGCAGAGGGUCGUUGGCAUUCUCGAGAGCCAAAAGCAUUAGUCAACGGACUACCUCUCGGACCUAAUGCAGUGAAGGUAUUCGUCGAUGUGGUUUUAUGCCCAAAUACCUUCCUCUGGAGGCCAAUGACUGAGUUCUUAGAUUUGGAGGAUUCAGUCAACACCUUUGUCGCCUGGCCUGCUAAUAGAGUAAUCUUUGAGGCAAGUCCUGAAACGAGUUCUCCUAUUGCUAACUCUGAAUCAACUCCACCAGCUCCAAUAAAAAAACCAAUGAAAGCAAUGUCAGAAAGUUCUACUCCUAUAACUCAGGAAUCCAACCAAAUGGAAACGGGGAAUGAAAAUAAGAAGUGCUUGGUGAUGGCUAUUACUGGAAAGAAGCGAGUGAUUGCUGAAGGACGUUGGUCCACAAACGAUCCACUUCAAACAGUACAUUUUGUUCCCUUGGGUCCAAAUGCAGUUAAGGUGUGGAUUGAUGUUGUCAAAGUUAAAGAUGCUUGCGUAUGGAGGCCUUCGUCUGAGAUCGAGUGCAUGGAAGAUGCAAUAGGAACAGCUAUUGCUUGGCCAGAGGAUAAAGUGGUACUCGUCUAA